UUUUAUUUUGACCAAUUUAAAAAAGAUUUAAAAAUGGUCAAAAUCAGACCCUUUAAAGGUAAAUUAAAUAUACCCGAUUCAUCCUCCUCGCCUAAUGCCGCAACUUCUUCCAAAGACGCGAAGAAGGAGGCAUCUCAUGCAGAAGUUAAUAUUGUUGAUCAUAAAUUGUCACCUGAAGAGUUGACACAAAAAUAUGGAACGGAUUUAGAGAAUGGUCUAACAACAGCUAGGGCAGAAGAAUUAAUUAAACAAUACGGCCCAAAUGCUUUGGAUCCCCCCAAAACAAUACCAGAAUGGUUAAAAAUAUUAAAAACACAAUUGAGUGGAUUUGCUAAACUUUUAUGGGUUGGAGCUUUUCUUUGUGCUGUUGCUUUUGUUGUUGGUUAUAUUACAGAUCCUGUUCCAUCUUAUGAUUAUGUUUAUUUGGCUGGAGUUCUUGUAUUUGUAGUAGUUGUUACUGGACUAUUUCAAUAUUUCCAAGAAAGAAAAAGCUCUAAAAUUUUAGAAUCCUUUAAUACAAUGGUGCCUACAUUUGCCAAUACAUACCGAGAUGGAAAAAAAGUUGAAUUGCCUACAGAAAAUUUGGUCUUAGGAGAUAUUGUUGAAGUUCGCGGAGGCGACAGAAUACCUGCUGAUUUACGAAUAUUAUCCUCGUCUGGCUUUAAAGUAGACAAUUCAUCUUUAACUGGGGAAUGUGAACCUCUUAGCCGUACAGCAGAAUGUACAAAAGAUGAUCCAAUGGAAACUAAAAAUCUAGCCUUCUAUUCCACCUUUGCAGUGGAAGGAUCGGCUAAAGGAAUUGUAAUUGGAACGGGAAGCAAAACUGCUGUUGGAAAAAUUGCACAUUUAGCUGCCCAUCUCGAACAAGGAAAAACACCCAUUGCUAUUGAAAUUGAACAUUUUAUUCAACUUGUAACAAUUAUUGCUGUUACAAUUGGUAUUAUAUUCUCUGCAAUAGCUAUUUUCCUUGGAUAUACCUGGAUUCAAGGAGUUAUUUUUCUCAUUGGAAUAAUUGUAGCAAAUGUACCUGAAGGUAUUUUGGCAACAGUAACAGUUUGCCUUUCACUCACAGCUAAACGUAUGGCUAGUCGAAAUUGUCUAGUUAAAAAUUUGGAGGCUGUAGAAACAUUAGGUUCUACAACAACAAUAUGUUCAGACAAGGCGAUUUUAAAUAUAUUAAAUACUUAA